UGAUUUGGGAGAAACCCAGCAAUGAGGCUGAGGUGAAAGCAGGACAGUAAAGAAGAUAAUAUCCUAGAAAGCAGCAUAAUUUGAAGAGAAGUGUGGUGCUCUACAAGUGCUUUCUGUACACACAGUCCCUUCAAGCAUCUCUUGCAGUGAGCCAGGGUUAAUUCAUUCCAACGUGGCUGUUUAUAUAAUAAGAAAGACCAAUCAAUAAUGUCAGCACUGAACUGGAAGCCAUUUAUCUAUGGAGGUUUAGCAUCAAUAACUGCAGAAUGUGGUACUUUCCCAAUUGACCUGACCAAAACACGUCUACAAGUUCAAGGUCAAGUUAAUGAUGCCAAAUAUAGAGAGAUCCGCUACCGAGGGAUGAUGCAUGCACUAGUGAGAAUAUUCAAAGAAGAAGGAUUGAAAGCAUUGUACUCAGGGAUUGCACCUGCAAUGCUACGCCAAGCUUCAUAUGGAACUAUUAAAAUCGGCACUUAUCAAAGCUUGAAAAGAAUGUUUGUUGAACAUCCAGAAGAUGAAACCCUGAUGAUAAAUGUUCUAUGUGGUGUUCUUUCGGGAGUAGUUUCGUCAGCUAUUGCCAACCCUACAGAUGUUUUGAAGAUCAGAAUGCAAGCGCAAGGUAGUAUGAUACAAGGAGGAAUGAUGGGCAACUUUAUACAGAUCUACCAAAACGAAGGCACCAAAGGAUUAUGGAAGGGAGUAUCCCUGACUGCACAGAGAGCAGCUAUUGUCGUUGGAGUGGAGCUGCCAGUAUAUGAUCUUACCAAGAAGCACAUAAUCAUGUCUGGAUUUAUGGGAGACACAGUGUAUACUCACUUCCUCUCGAGUUUUACUUGUGGGUUAGCUGGAGCCGUGGCAUCUAACCCAAUUGACGUUGUAAGGACGCGCAUGAUGAACCAAAGCCGACAAAGUGGGACACACACAAACUACAAGGGUACUCUGGAUUGCUUGUUACAAACAUGGAAGAAUGAAGGCUUCCUUGCUUUGUACAAAGGAUUUUGGCCAAACUGGCUGAGACUUGGUCCUUGGAAUAUUAUUUUCUUCCUGACAUAUGAACAGCUGAAGAAGUUGGACUUCUGAUGUGUUGAACUGUUUCGAAUUCUCAUGCACUAUAUGAAUUUAGAGUAGCUUAAAUUGCUCUCAAGUGCCUUCUCUUAGUGCCUGAGAUGCUACAAAUUAGGACGGCCUAGGAGAGACGUCCAGGCAAACGCUGGCUCCUGUAACAAUGCUCUUGCGGGUCGCUGAAUGAUGUGCACUGCUUCCAAGGCUCAACCAAAGCUGAUGGAAUACUUUGACAACUCCUGAAGUGCUCUUGGAUGUGAAUAUUGCAGCUCGAAAGUGUUCUUGAUGGUUUUUUACAUUGCCUUUUUUAAAAGGGACAGAAUGUUUCUCCGAAGGUAGAUGAGCAGUACCAAGGAACUGGGAUACUGCUGUCUUCUGAAUGUGUAAUACCUGUGGCUGUAAAAACGGCUGUUUCAAAGCUCCAAAGAUUAGAAAUGAAUGUGUAACAAGGCAUCUCUUUGCUUAGCCAAAUACCUGCUGCAGAAAAAAUCUGCUGCUGGCUUUAGAGCUGAGCUGUGAGCAAAGUCUGUAAGUCCAAGAUACCAACAUAAUCUGCUGGAGAAACCUGGCUUCAUUUGCAAGUGUGGUGGCAACAUUGUCUGUCUUGUACAGUUCAAGGAAAGUUGCGUUUUCAAACGCAUUGCUCUUAGCUUUCAGUGUAAGAGGUUCUUGAACAUUCGUAUUCAAAUUGUUAUUUAAGAGUGAGUAUGGACUGGUCAGAACUUCAAAUCUCUGUCUCAGAGAAGCCUUCUGAGCUUCUUCUGUUGGGAAAAACAUCCUGUAACUGUGAAUGUCUGUUUUGUAUCUUCUGAAAGAUGCAAGUUUUGCACUGAGUAGCCAUGGCUGACUAAUGCAGGUGUCUACACAAAGCUUAAAACUCCCAGAGAAAGGCAAGUUCAAUACAAAGGCUUCUCGCAUUUAAAAACCAAAAACCCGGUG